AUGUUAGCAUCAGAGCUACCUAUCGAAAUCACUCUUUUUAUUGCAAGGUUUCUUCAAUCCGCAGAUAAAAUUCAGUGUUGUCUCGUGUGCAAGGCUUGGACUCCGGCUUUUCAGCAAUCUCUUUUUGAAGCAGUCAUUAUUAAGCGUUAUUCUGGUGCCAACAAGUUGGUCGAUUCAACCAAUUUAGCAAACAACCUUCUUCAAAGAUAUGGCCACAAAACUCAGACUCCCGAGAUCAGUAAAAGUACUUUUCUAGGCGAUCAUCAGCUCUACGCCUUACAAAAAUAUCUUCCAAACAUACAGUAUUUCAAAUGGAGUAGCAAGGAAAUCAAAUUACUCCUACUCACUGAUUUUAAUGGGUGGAAUUUAUGGGCAGAAUCCCUCACAGAUCUCGAAAUAACUGUGAAAGACUAUGGUUACGAUAUACUACCAAAGAUAUUGGACUCAAUACGCUCAAAUCUACAUCGACUGAAGCGGUUACACUUCGAAGGCUUAAACUAUGAUAGUUUUUCUCCAUGCACCUUUGACGACUUUGAACUUCUUAAUGACCAGCUACCAGAAUUAACGAAACUGCUUCUUACCGUUCAAUUUGAUAAAAUGAGCCCAGAUGAAUUAUUAAAGGUUAAAGAAAUUAAUCCGAGACCUUAUUUAAAAACCUUGGGCAUGUUUAUCGAAAAGAAUACCUAUGAAUGGCUGUAUUACAUCGCUGUCAAGUAUCCAAAUAUCAGUUCUCUUAAGCUUUUGAGUUUUACCGAGUCCACAAUUAGCUUCCAGACUUAUCAAGCGUCCCAAAUGCUUGCCAAGCUUUCAUGUCCUUUUCAACAUUUGGAGAAGCUUACUGUCGAGGUUGGAAGUACCUCAGAACAAACAUAUCUUGAUUUUGUAAACCGGCUUGGUCUUUUCAAUGUUCCCAUCAAGGAAAUUGAUCUUACUAUUUACAAUUCCUUGAGCUUCAAUGUAUCAAACAAAGAUAUCCUACAGUCAAUUAAGAUAUUCGCGAAUACGUUGGAGAAACUCAGAAUUGUAUAUUUUAUAAGUUCAUACUAUUCGGGAUUUUCUGAUGAACUUGUGUACUGUCCUCGCCUAGUUGAUCUCACUAUCGAAAUCCAGGGCACUACAACUAUGCUGGAUGUUCUCUUAGAGCAAUACCCGUCAUUGAAGAAUCUCAGCAUUUCUAGUGGUGAUCUCACUCUUCGGCCAGACUUGACUAUUCUUUCAAUUGAACAUGGCUUAUCCCAUUUUUCACUCAAAGAUUCGUUUAUUACCGCCAGUACACUCAACUAUAUAUCUAUCUGCUGCAAGAAACUUAGCACCAUGCGACUAAAGUUCGUAAAUAUAAAAGGCCCACAGCAGGGAAAUACUGGAGACAAUUGCAUCGACAUGUCGUCCACCCACUUUACAAAGCUUAAUAUUAAAGGCAUUCAAUUUUUUGACUCUUUCAACCGAGUUCAAAUUGCUCUUUUUGUUCUUUCAUCAUCGGUGGCUCCUAUAAAGAACACAUGGGUGUACUCUAUACCAGAUGCGUUGAUAAACAAUGGAAGCUCACAAUUAAUAACACGAAAGCUAAAUGAAGAGGAAUCCAAGGAGGCUGAAAAAUAUUUCUGUAACUUUGCCGGAUCGGUUUGUCCAGAAGACACAAAAGAGCAGGUUGAUGAAUAUAUAAAGAGUUUAUCAGAAAACGAUUGGAGACCUGUACUUCCCAAGGGCUACAGUACUUUUAAAUACGGUUCUUUAAAGACUCUUUUAUUUGAUGGGGAGCACAAAGAAUAG